UUAGUGUGAUGACUGAUAAGUGUCAAAAUAACAUUGUAAUUUGACAUUCUUUUCUUUUGAAAGCUCAUAAAGCUCAUGUUUUUUAGUAUUAAUUGAUUUAAAUUCAUACAUUCGUCGCAUUUGUAUAUAAAGUAGCAAUCAAGAAAAUGUACUGCUCAUAAACGAUUCGAUUUUCAAUCAUUUCAGUUUCUUUCAAAAUACUAAAUACGCAUCAUGGCUCUAGUUAUCAGACGCUCUCCAUUUUUGAAACAAUUCAAUGUUUUGGGUAAAGGAAUAAGCUCUACCACCGCGUGCCAAAGUGAUCGCCCGAAAUCCGAAGUUAAAGUCGCCAAUACCGAUAACAAAGUUGUUGAAAAUACGGCAAGUAGAGAAUACCGCCCGUAUUCUCCAUUUCAAAUAAAUCCAAGAACGAAUUUAGUCGAAUAUGUCAUUGCCAAAAUGGAUGAUGUUGUCAACUGGGGCCGUAAAUAUUCUCUUUGGCCUUUGACUUUCGGUUUAGCAUGCUGUGCCGUAGAAAUGAUGCACAUCGCUGCUCCUCGGUAUGAUAUGAACCGUUACGGUAUUGUAUUUCGUGCUAGUCCUAGACAAGCCGACGUUAUUAUUGUUGCCGGUACUGUUACUAAUAAAAUGGCACCAGCUCUUAGAAGAGUUUAUGACCAGAUGCCACAUCCUAGAUGGGUGAUUUCGAUGGGCAGUUGUGCAAAUGGAGGAGGAUACUAUCAUUAUUCGUAUUCUGUUGUUCGGGGCUGUGAUAGAAUUAUUCCCGUUGAUGUCUAUGUACCAGGUUGCCCUCCAACCGCUGAAGCAUUGUUGUACGGUUUCUUCGUUUUGCAAAAAAAGAUUAAGAAGAUGAAUAAGGUUCAAAUGUGGUAUAGAAAGUAAUCGUGUUUCGGUGUAAAUACUUUUCUAUUACCUACUUCUCUUUUAAUAAUUAUUUCCGUAGUUGAAUACGUGGAUUUUACUCGAGCAUAGGAUGUAUUGAUGUUAUUUGUUUUAUUUUUGCAAUCCACAUUGCUUGUACUAGUAUUUGUAUUGAAGCUUCAUUAAUUUUUCUUUUUCGUCAGAAUAAACAAUGAUGUAGAAAA